AUGGGUUCUACACUCCCCAGUCACAGACGGGCCAUCCUCAAGAAAGGCCCUGGGCAAGCCGUCAUCACGUCCAUGCCUAUGCCGGACGUGCCCCCUGGAUACAUGCUCGUCCAGACGCAAUAUGUUGCUCUCAACCCCGCUGAUUGGACCGAUAUCGACGGUGAAGAGUACAUCGGCAGCGUGGUCGGGGUCGACUACGCAGGGACCGUUGUUCAAGUCGGCGAGCAGGUGAACAAGGGAUUUGUACCCGGGGACCGUGUGGCAGGCAUUUCGCACGGGUGCAAUGUUCUGCAUCCGGACUAUGGAGCGUUCUCCGAGUACAUCCUCGUGAAAGCGGACGCUCAGAUGAAAGUUCCGGAGAACAUGAACCUCGAAGACGCGGCGUCUAUGGGUGUUGGUGUGGUCACGGCGAGUAUGGGUCUUUAUCAAAAAAUAGGCCUUCCACUACCUGGCUCUGAUAACGUAUCCAACAACGACCCGGAGUGGAUUUUGAUUUAUGGAGGAUCUUCGGCAACGGGAUCACUGGCUAUUCAAUUUGCAAAAUUGUCUGGACUGAAAGUCGUCACCACCUGUUCUCCUCGCAAUUUUGAUCUGGUGCGCGAUAUGGGAGCGGAUAUCUGGUUUGACUACGUCCGUCACUGUCUUAUAACUAUCAUCUGGGAGAUCCAGUCACUGAUUUCAUUGAGCAGCAUGACCCAAAUAUAUCCAGCCUGA